AUGGCACUCAUCCUGAGGAGCCAGGCUGAUGAGCUCAUCCGACUGUCUGGGCUGGCCGGGGCAAUGAAGACCGAGAUCUCCCAAUUGAAGGAGGAGAAUGGCCGGCUCCUGGAUGAAGUCUCUGAAGCCAAGAGGGAAGUAGCGGAGAAGGAAGAAACCUUCCCCGGGCGCGCAGCUGCCUGGGUGGAAGAGAAUAAGGCUGAAGCUGCCCGGGUGAUGACGGCGACUCCAGAGACGACGAUGGAGUCCUUCAGGCUUCUGUACCGGGAGCCUGAAGGAAAGAAGAUGAUUACCGCGAUUGGAUCCUUCGGAUUCAAGAGCGGUCAAAAGAAGGACAAGAUCGCCUCUCACCAGGUACUGCUCAGAAGAGAUCCAAACUUCAGCGCUGCAUCCUAUGGCCUGGCCCCAAUCCCAGAGGAAGAGCCCACUCCCCCUUUUCCCUUAGACUAGGAUCUCCCCGGUUGUGCCCGGUUGUUUUUGUAAAAACCUCAACUUGAAAUUUCCCCGGGGAUGCCCGGUGUAGCUGUAAAACAUUUAACAUUCUUAUUUCGUUUGAAUGCCAUGUUUUCUUUUCAUACCGGUUAAUCUUCCACGUCUGAUUGCUUGUUUGAUUUAUUUUUUGAUCUUGCUCCUUAGAAUACCAUCAUAGAAAUUCUGACCGGUACAUAAAUUAGGCCACUUCUC